GUUACAGACAGCUGUCUGUCAAAAAAGAUCAAGAUAAUAAUAAUGCUGCAGGAGGAAAAGAUGUGCUCUUGAGGUACACCUAUGCUGGUUACACUGCAAUUAACCAAAAAUGAAAGAGUGACUCGACCAUAACUUGGAACAGAUAUCCAGCCAGAGUUUCCAUUAGUAUGUUUCUAUUUAAAAGGAAAUGCCGUUUUCUUAAGGUGUUAUUUGCAGUUGCUUUAUCAGUGACUUGCCUGAUGGGAAUGAUGUUGUUAAAAACAGCACAUUAUGGCAAUGAAACUGGUGUGCAUCAGUGGGGAUGGAAUUUCAGUGGCAUCACAAACAAUCAUAUUUAUGUGCUUAAACAUCCAAGAAACAUUUUUCCAGCUAUUAUAAAUCAUAAAUCAUUUACCCAAAAUCGUUCACAUAAAAGUAACAUUGAUGUGCUUGAGCAACACAAACUCUCCUAUUUAACUGAGAUUUCAUCAAAUAAAUAUAGUUCUCAUGUCAGCAAUACUAUUGUGGAGCAAGAAGGUGAAGACAAAUCUGUUGCGAAUUGCAUUGAAAUGGAUAUUGACAAUACAAUAGAACCAAACCAGAAUGUUCACACCUUUUACUACCCCUGGUAUGGAAACCCUGGACAUGACGGACGAUAUCUGCAUUGGAACCAUGUCCAGAUUUCCCACUGGGACAAAAACGAGGCGAGGAAAUGGCCACAGGGUCAGCAUGAGCCGCCGGAUGAUGUGGGCUCUAACUUCUACCCUCAGCUUGGCCCCUACAGCUCCUCUGAUCCAGGCACCAUCAGUUGCCACAUGCGCAUGAUGAGAUAUGCUGGCAUAGGUGUGUUGGCAGUAUCAUGGUACCCACCAGGUGAUGGGGACCAGAACGGACUUGACCCAGACACCCUCCUUCCUCUACUGCUGGACACUGCAUACACACACGGUCUUAAGGUUGCCCUUCAUGUGGAGCCCUUUAAAGGCAGGGAUCAUCUGACCAUGAAAUCACAACUUCGCUACAUCAUGGAAAAAUACGGCCCACACCCAGCGUUCUACAGAACGAGUGUAGGGGACAAGCUCAACCUACCCCUGUUGUAAUAUGAUUCUUAUCUCACCAGUGCCGACAAAUGGGCGGAGAUUAUGAAACCUGGGGGACGUGAAACAGUCAGGGGAACCGAACUAGAUGCUAUAUUUAUAGGACUGCUUGUAGAGAGAACGCAUCAAAAUGAAAUCCUGAAGGCAGGUUUUGAUGGUUUUUAUACAUAUUUUGCUUCAAAUGGGUUUGUGUAUGGAAGCACAUGGAACAACUGGCCAUUGAUGUCAAAGUGGGCAAAGUCCAACAGGUUGUUGUUUAUACCCAGCGUUGGACCGGGGUAUGUUGACACAGAGGUGAGACCAUGGAACCAGCGGAACACUAAGCUGAGGCUGGAUGGGAAGUAUUACAGGCAAUCUGUGGAGAAUGCCUUGAGUACAGGCUCCACAUUUGUAUCUAUAACAUCGUUUAAUGAAUGGCACGAGGGUUCACAGAUUGAGCCAGCAGUGAAAAAGCUUGCUCCGUCACGCAAGUACGAAGACUAUGGUGUUAAGGGGCCACUGUUUUACUUAGAUCUCACUAAGGAGUGGGUUCAAAGGUUAAGGGGAUGAUAUAUACAAAUAAUCAUUUUUAGUGCAAAAACAAGUGUUUGUUUUUUUUGGUUGUUAAGCUUUGGUUGUUUAACUGAUCAGUUUUUAAAAGAAAUCAUUUAUAAAGUGGUUUUGACAUCCUCAUUAUCAAAUUACUAUAUUGAUGCCAUGAUGGUAUCAUAUUGCAAGACUUUUGAGAUAAUUAUAUUUAAUGCCAGUUUUUGUAACUAUAUAUUGGUGCAAAGCUAUUUAACUUUGUGUCAAAACAGUAUUUGCUUUUACAAAUCAAAAUAUUCCCAAUGCUGUGAUAACAUUUCUUAAUCCAAUUGUAUUGAAAGUUUGAUUGGCAUUAAUUUAUUGGCCUUUCAAAACUGAUUUUUUGUACAGUGUAAACUGCUGUGUUAUUUUAUGUUUGAUUUAUUUUUGUUAAAGGGAAAUCUCGUAUGGUGUCAGGGAAUCAGAAUGUCUUGAUAAGCUGCAUUUUCCUGUUCAGUGAUCUUCCCAUUGAGGCACUAGGAGUUGUUUUCUCCAACUUUAUUUUGUUUGUCCAUGGAUAAAAUUAAUGUAAUCAGUAGUUCUUUUUUUAAUUUAAAAUAAGUUUUAUCAACAAAGAGCUUUUAUUGGGGUAUCACAAAGUGUACCACAAUUAUUAUCAUGUAUCUUGUGCAUCUUGCAUUAAAAACGAUUUUUUCAAUAGUUCAAGAAGAACCAGUAUAAACUGUGAUUUAAGACCACCAAAUCUGUUAUAAAAUGCUGUAGACUUAUAACCAUCACAGCUUCUUGUACACAAAUGCCAUCAGCUCAGUAUAACUUUUAUCAUUACAUAUCAUUUUUAUUUUCAUUUUGUCUGUAUUCAGUCAGUUUUAUCUUAUUUUAUACAUGAUGUGUUCACAAGAAUGUUUUAAUAUUGCCAUGUGUUUCAUUGUUAUUUGAGUUGUAAGUUGGUAAAACAGUUGGAUUUGAUAACAAGAAUGAACUUCUUGCCCCAAUUUCUUGUAAGUUCUUAAGGAUAAGAAGCCUAAGUAGCUUAUUUCAUUAAGGCAAAUUUCUUACUUAAUUUUUAUUUUAAUAAAUAAAAAACAGAUAAUCAUGAUGAUCAUGAAGAUAAUAUACGUUUCAACUCUCUCAAGAAUGUAAAUAUUGCUUAAAUUUUACUGAACCAAAAUAAUAAGCUUAGCUUAACCCUGUUAUAAGGGACUUCAGAUGCUUUGAGAAACUAGGGCAUGUUAGGGCGUGUAAACAAUUAUUUAAAUAAUUAUUAUAUAUAUGUACAACAUUUUUAUCGUCUUAUUGGGCAAUAAUGAUUAAACGAUGCAUUCCUCUUUUUACAUUUAUAUUCAGCGCAUUUGUUUUGUAUGAAUCUAAUCUUGAGACUUUAGUACUGCCUUAGAUACAGUGCCUGGUGUAGAAAAGAUGUUUCUAAGUGCCAUAAACUAUAGUGCUCAUGUUUUAUAUUUGUUUCACCACUGUGCCUCAUUAUAAUAGAAAGGGUAUGCUUAUGUUAAGGCUAGCUUUAAAAAUGUUAGUUUACAAUGCAAUUAUCUAACAAGCUGAAAAGACCCAAACUUAUUUUUGUAUGACGCUUCCAGUCAGUAAACAAGCCCCCUGCAGAGCGAACACCAAGACUUGGUUGUUGUUGUUUCCAGGGGAACAAAAAGCAUAACUCUGAUUAUAAAAGUUAUAUAAGCCAGUGUUAUGGGCAUUGCUGUGCACGAUCAUAUUGUCUCUAGCAGCUUGUGUGUACCAAGUUUCAUUUAAAUGGCUUGAAAGGUUUUUGAGUAAUGGCCAAGGUUAAAGUUUUUGCAUGAGGGGGAGAACAAAGCCGCCAUCGACAACAUGAAAGCUUUUGGAUAAUAAAUAGAUAAACUAAAAAUGUAGCUUUUCUCUUGUUUAGCAUAAGAUAUUGUCCUGUCUUCUGGAAAAAGUUUGUGUCAGCCACUGCAAAAUAAAAUUCGUAAGGAUGGCCUUAUAUAAUACAUUGCACAUUUCUGCAUGAUUGUAAAUCCAAGAGCUCAAAAAAGCCAUUUAGUCCGAAAAUAUUUAUUAUUACAGCUAUUACACAGAUAGCAUUGUCGCCUUUAUAUCUUUUUAGACAGAUAAUAUUUUAUACAACUAUAUAGUAUGUCACUAUUUGUUUCCCGUGUUAUGACCCAGUGUGGUUAACUAUCCAUAGGUCUAUCAAGAUUAUUAUUAAGAUUUAACAGUAUUCUUUUAUUUCAAUUUUACAUUGAAAUGUUUUUGUUUUUAGUUUUGUUAUUUCGAAUUCAUUAUGGUUUGUUUUAGAGAAUUUAUUGUACUUGUUUAUGAAGCUGUCUGUUUAAAUUGUUAACAUAUAAAAGCACUAGAAGAAGGAAUGUUGCAGUAAUUAAAGGCUAUUCGUAUGUCACAUUUGUUUAUCAUUUUUUUAAACAAAAAAAUACAAAACAAUUGUAUACUUCAUGGAGUUGUCACUGACAAUCUUCGUUCUUCAGUGCUGUUGACUCAAUGUAAACAUGCAAUAGGAAGUAUUUGCCACCUCUUUAAUUUCAUCAUGUAUUGUAUGCAGAACUUUGAAACUCUCAAUAUUGUUGGUGAUAAGCAGAAUUGUCUGUAAUAAGAAUAAAAUUAUGCAGACUAGCCGUUUUAAUUGGGGUUUUUAUUCUACCAUACAUAAUUAUAAAGUACUUUCCACUGAAA